ACCCUACUUCUCACACCUUAAUUUCGAUUCAAUUAGAGCUCGCCCAAGGAUUCGCCACGCCAAUGGCGGAUGAGCGGAAACCUAAAAGGCCCAAAAUUUCCAGGGGGGACGAUGAUUACAUGCCAGGAAAUAUAACUAAAAUUGAGCUCUUCAACUUCAUGACCUUCAAUAAACUGACGUGCAAGCCAGGCUCACGCUUAAAUUUGGUUAUUGGACCAAAUGGAUCUGGAAAAAGCUCUCUUGUAUGUGCCAUUGCAUUGGGACUGGGGGGUGAACCUCAGCUUCUGGGGAGGGCUACUAGUGUUGGAGCUUAUGUGAAGCGUGGGGAGGAGUCUGGAUAUGUUAAGAUUUGUCUGAGAGGAGAAAGAGAGGAUGACCCAAUCACGAUUACAAGGAAAAUAGAUACACGCAACAAAUCUGAGUGGUUAUUUAAUGGUAAGGUUGUCGCAAAAAAGGAGAUUAAUGAAGUAAUUCAGAGAUUCAACAUUCAAGUCAAUAAUUUGACUCAAUUUCUACCACAAGACAGGGUUUGUGAGUUUGCUAAGUUAACUCCUGUGCAACUUCUUGAAGAGACUGAAAAAGCUGUUGGUGAUCCUCAAUUACCUAUUCAGCAUAGGACUCUCAUCACGAAGAGUCAGGAAUUGAAAAAGUUUGAACGUGCUAUUGAGAGCAAUAAAGGGUCUCUGGAUCAACUAAAGGCCCUUAAUGCUGAACUAGAAAGAGAUGUUGAACGUGUCCGCCAAAGAGAAGAUCUCUUAGCAAAGGCUGAGUCUAUGAAGAAAAAGUUGCCGUGGCUGAAGUAUGAUAUGAAGAAGGCUGAGUACCUAAAAGCCAAAGAGCAGGAGAAGGACUCGAAACUGAAGCUUGAUGAAGCUGCCAAGGGUUUGAAUAAAAUCAAAGAGCCUAUCGAGAAACAAAAGGGAGAGAAAGCAAAACAAGAGGCUAAAUUGAAAAAGAUGAAUGGCUUGUCAGACAGCAAUAUGAAGAAGCGUAUGCAGCUUUUGGAGAACUACAACCAUAUGGGAGCUCUAAUUGAUGGGAAACAUAAUGAAGUGGAAGACUUGAGGCGCCAGGAAGAAUCUCGUCAGCAAAGAAUGUCUAAAGCUAAAGAAAGUCUUGCAGCUGCAGAAGCAGAACUUGCAAAUCUUCCUCCUUAUGAACCUCCAAAGCAUCAGAUGGAACAGUUAAGUGCUAAAAUUAUGGAGAUUGAGGAGACUGCAAAAGAGAUGAGAUCUCAAAAAAGAGAAAAAGAGCAGCAGCUAAAUCAUCACAGAAAUAUCAUGAUGCAGUGUAAUGAUAAGUUGAGGAACAUGGAGAGUGUCAAUAAUAAGCGUUUACAAGCAUUGAAGAAUUCUGGUGCUGAUAAGAUAUUUGAGGCUUAUCAAUUUGUUCAGGAGAACCGGAGCCAGUUCAGAGAGGAAGUUUAUGGUCCUGUAUUGCUUGAGGUCAAUGUUGCCAAUCGGUUUCACGCAGACUGCCUAGAGGGUCACGUCGCCAAUUACAUAUGGAAGGCUUUUAUUACUCAGGAUCGUGAAGAUCGUGAUUUACUGGUUAAGAAACUGGGGUCAUUUGGUGUUCCUGUAAUUAAUCACGUCCCAAAUGAAAGUAGCGGCAGGGAUCCCUUUCGAAUAACCGAUGAAAUGCGUAAACUUGGCAUAUCUUCCAGGCUUGAUCAAGUGUUUGAAGCUCCCCAUGCUGUCAAAGAAGUUUUGAUCGGUCAAUCUGGAUUGGAUCGUUCAUAUAUUGGGUCAAAAGAAACUGAUGAGAAAGCUGAUCUGGUCUUAAGAUUGGGAAUUAUGGAUGUGUGGACACCAGAAAAUCAUUAUCAUUGGGCCAGAUCCCGCUAUGGGGGUCAUGUGUCUGGAAAUGUUGAAUCAGUGGAUCGGUCCCGUCUUCUUCAAUGCAAUGUGGACGUUAAGGAAAUUGAGAGUGUAAAAUCAAGGCAAAUAGAGCUCCAGGAGAAAAUUUCUGCUAUAGAUGUAAAUUUGAGAGCUCUUCAAAUUGCCUUGAGACAGACGGAAGAUGAAGCAGCUGAACUAAGGCGUGAGCGGGACGAGAUUGUUAACAUCAGUCAAAGCAAGAAGAAGAAAUGGAAGGAGUUGGAGAACCUUGUCAACCAAAGAAAAAUAAAGUUGAACUCUAUAAGAAGAGAGGAUGAUCCUGAUGCUGCAAUAGCAAAGCUGACUGACAAGGUUAAGGAAUUGAAGAUGCAGCGGUUCAACUGUGUUAUAGAAAUUAAAAAUUUACUUACUGAGGCUGUUGCUUACCGUAGAAGUUUUGCUGAAAAGAACUUGUGCUGCAUUGAACUUGAAGCUAAGAUCAAGGAGAUGGAAUCCAAUGCGAAGGAACAAGAAAAGUUUGCCUUGCAAGCAUCCUUACAUUUUGAAAACUGUAAGAAUGAAGUGGAGAAUUGCCGACAGCAGCUGGCAGUUGCCAAGCAGCGUGCAGAAUCAGUUGCUGCAAUUACUCCUGAGCUUGAGCAGGCCUUCCUGAAGAUGCCUACUACUGUUGAGGAUUUGGAAGCUGCAAUUCAGGAUACGAUAUCCGAAGCCAAUUCCAUUCUUUUCCUUAACCAUAACAUUUUGGAGGAAUACGAAAGCCGUCAAAAAAAGAUUGAAGAACUUGAAGAUAAGCAAGGAACGAAUGAAAGGGAAUUGAAUACCCGAUUAGAUGAAAUCAAUGCUCUGAAGGAAAGUUGGCUUCCGACAUUGAGAACCCUUGUGACCCGGAUUAAUGAAACUUUUAACCACAAUUUCCAAGAAAUGGCUGUUGCAGGAGAGGUGUCUUUAGAUGAACGUGAUACUGAUUUUGAUCAAUAUGGGAUCCUGAUAAAAGUAAAGUUCAGGCAAACAGGGCAGCUUCAGGUUUUAAGUGCUCACCACCAAUCUGGAGGGGAACGCUCGGUUUCGACCAUUUUGUACCUCGUCUCUUUACAAGACCUUACAAACUGCCCGUUUAGGGUAGUUGAUGAGAUAAAUCAAGGCAUGGACCCAAUAAACGAGAGAAAAAUGUUUCAGCAGUUGGUCAGAGCAGCGAGCCAGCCAAACACGCCUCAGUGUUUCUUGCUUACCCCAAAACUGCUGCCAAAUCUAGAAUACAGUGAUGCAUGCAGCAUUCUUACUGUGAUGAAUGGUCCUUGGAUCGAGCAGCCAUCGAAAGUGUGGAGUGGUGGUGAAAACUGGGGAUCUAUCAUAACAGCAACGGCAGAAAACCGCUGCUAAAGGGCCGUCGUACCAUGGUCCGUUGUGAAAUAGCCUAAAUUCUCAUUUGUUCAUAAAUAUAGACACAGAACAUUAUCGGUUCUUCUCGAAGAGCCGAAGUAUUAAAUCAUUAUUUUUGAUGUAUGAUAUUUUUCUGUGCCUUGUACAUUAGAAUACACCUUUGGCCGUCAUUUACGGCGCGUCAACAAAAUACACUCUCAUGUAACACCAAGUCCCUCCAUCUAUUUGACCAUUGAUAACUAACAGUCUAACGGUCAAAUUUGAGUUUUUAUUUGAGCAAAAUGCAAUAAGACCCCUAUA